CCAGCGCGUACCCCCGAGAACUAAAAUUGUCGGCAUGCUUGGGUGUGUGGUGCAACCGGAACGAAGUAACUGGCUCUGGCCGACGCGCAGCAACACUCCGGGAACGUCGGAGUAUAACGGAAACUGCUCCAAUUCGCGCCAUGUUGAUCGAAGACCCGCCGCAGCGUGAACUCCGCUUCUGCGCCGGGCUGCUCUUGCGGAAACAUCCCCGUGUCCUCCAGGGCCUCAGAAUGCAGUCGGCAGUCACAGUUUCGCCAUGUAAAGGCGAGAGAACCAUCACGGCUUGUAGCAACGAGUCCUUUCCUGCAGGUGGACAUGCUGGACCCCCUGGAGUCCAAGACGGGAAAAUACGGCGUGCUCUCCCUGCGCACUCCACCGGCGUCACCGACGAGCACGGCUGGCGGCGCGGACUCGGCCUUCGAGUCCAGCGACGUGCUGGACGACGAGGAGUCACUCGACGCACGACGACGCGGCGGAUACAUCACUGACGACACCACGCGGAGCCUGUGGAGCGGUCGCAUGUCGGCACCGUCGCUAGGCGGCUCUGGCGAAGUUGCCUCUUCGCGGCGAGGCUUAGUUAGUGCCGCCACCGGAAACGAAGAACUGCCCACUUCCGGCCGGAAGGGCGUCAACUACCGUGUCCAGGAUGUGGUUGUGCGCAUGCGCAAGAGGGCCCACGGCAGACCUACCAGACUGUGGAGCGGCAUCAAGCGUGGCGUGGUGGCCCGGUACCAGGCGGGCCGCAAGGUGUGGCCCUACAUGAUCAGCAUGGCGCUGGUCUACAUGGUGACGCUGUCCCUGUUCCCGGGCAUUGAGAGCCGCAUCGUGUCCUGCCGCCUGGGCACGUGGAUGCCCGUGCUCCUGAUGGCGCUCUUCAACGCGGCAGACUUCGUCGGAAAGGUGCUGGCGUCCGUGCGCUACGACUGGUCCCGCUCGCAGCUGGUGUGGCUCUCGUGCAGCCGCGUGGUGCUGGUGCCGCUGCUGGCGCUGUGCGCGUUGCCGCGAUGGGAUGCGGGCAGCUCCUCGGACCUCUGGGCCAUGUUCUUAUCCGUGGCGCUGGGCGUGACCAACGGCCUGCUGGGAUCGCUGCCCAUGAUACUGGCGCCCGGCAGGGUUCCCGACGACCAGAAGGAGCUCACCGGGAACAUAAUGACGCUGUCAUACAGCGUAGGGUUGACCACGGGAUCAGGACUGGCCUACCUGUUGGUGUAUUUGAUUCAAGGCUACGACUUCGGAGGGCCCAACUGCGACGAAAAUUUUCCUGCCAGGCUUACCUCGGCUGCGCUCAACGAGACGACCACGUCAUGGUCGACGACAGUGAAUUCUUUGUCCUCGUUAGCGAGCGUCGGUGUGAAUACUACUCGCCAUUUGGACAUGCUAUAAGAGCACGAACUGCUGCGCAAAUGUUAUGAAGCACGUUCUUGAAGAAUAUGCUGCAGUAAAGGAUGAAAUGGUUGUCUCCUAAGCUGUUA